GCCGCCUACACCGCUGGGACCGGGGGGGCAUCCCCAAAGUGAUUGCCACCACAGCCAGUAAAGCAGCAGCUGCAGCAGGAGCCGAUCCAACACUGGGGCAGGAGAUGAUGCAGACCAUGCAGCCUCCUUCUGAGACCAAGAUCCCUUUGGACACCCCUCAGCUGGCACUGGGGCAUCACCUCCCCACCCCACAGACCUGGCGCCAACGCUUCCGGGGCCUCCGCUACCUGGAAGCCAAGGGCCCACGGGAGGUUUGCAGCCGCUUGUGGGAGCUCUGCCAGCGCUGGCUGGAGCCCCAUCGCCACAGCAAGGAGCAGGUCCUGGAGAUGGUGGUGCUGGAGCAGUUCCUGGCCAUCCUGCCCCAGGAGAUGCAGAGCUGGGCGUGGGGGUGCAGCGUGCAGACCUGCGCCGAGGCCGUGGCCCUGGCUGAGGGGUUUAUGUUGUGGCAGGAGGAGAACGAGAAGCUCCAGGUCACAGUGAGUGUGAAGGUGGAGGAGGUGUCCUCAGACAAGAUGCCAUCCACUGCGGCACUGCAGGACCCUGGUGAUUCCUGGCUGGAGCAACCCAAGGCCCAUCGUGUGGACAGGCCUGUGGAGGAGUCAGGAGAGAGGGAAACCCCAGGACCUUGGGACAAGCCACCUCCUGUCGCCAGAGAGGAGCCCCUGCCCCCCCAGGACUCAGGUGCUGGGACCCUGAGCAGCACUGACCACAAGCCUCCUGGAGAAGAGCCUGUGAAGCUGGAGCUGCAGAGGACUUGCCCAGGGGGACUGGAGGAGAGGGGCUCCCUGACACCUGAGCCGGGCCCAGUGCAGAAGGGGCAGGGCAGGCCUCCAAAGCAGGGGCAGAAUCUGGAGCUCCGGGAGGUGUUUGAGGACGUGGCAGUGUAUUUCACGUGGGAGGAGUGGGAGCUGCUGGAAGAAGAAGACAAGGUGCUUUACUGGGACCAGAUGCUAAAGAAUUACCAAGCCCUCGUUUCCCUGGGAUAUCGAGGUCCCACACCUGCCUUAAUCUGCAGCAUCCAGCAAGGACAGGUGGAGCUCUGGGGCUGUGAUGAUGAGACCCGUGGGAAAAUCUCAAGGUCAGAGGAGCUGCUGCCAGGGUGCUGACCUCAAACACAGCACAUUAUGCAGUAGUGUGUCCAGGCAAGUGUUGUUUCCACGCCCUGAAAUUCAACCAUGUGGAGACAAGCAGCUGUUCCCUUCUCCUCCAGGAAAUGACAGAUGUUACAGGGCAAUCAGCAGGUGCUUGGCUGCUGAGCAGAGCUGAGGAGCAGAUUCCUGUUGAAGGACCUGCAGACCUGGUGCCACCACGAACUUUCCCAGGGAGUCUAGGACAGAUAGUCUCCCUGAGACCCGAGAGAGAGCAAUGGCAAAAGAGCCCAGGGAGGCCCAAAAAGCAGAAGGAGAAUGUAACAGUGAACCAGGUAUCAUCUCCAGUUGGGUGUGAGAGUGGAGAAGGGGCAGAUCUGAGAAACAUCCCUGGGUGCAAGGAAGAAUGUGUGGAGCUGAGAGACAUGAAGAGCCACUGGAAAGAGGCACUACAUCCAAACCAAGGCAGUGCGGAGGGCCUCAGAGGAAAGCAGGAGCUCAUUGCCGUUCACUGGGGCAGAACCCUCCCCUGCCCCGAAAUCAGGAAAACCCUUGACUGCCCAUCACUUGUGGCUCUUCACAAGAUAAGGCACACUGGAGAGAAGCUCCACAUAUGUACCAGGUGUGGGAAGGGCUUCACCCAGUCCUCCAGCCUGACCCGACACUGGCUCAUCCACACAGGAGAGAAGCCUUAUCAGUGCUCAGAGUGUGGGAAGAGCUUCAGAUACCUCUCCAGCCUGGCCCAGCACUGGCUUAUUCACACGCAAGAGAAGCCAUAUCAGUGCUCAGAGUGUGGGAAGAGCUUCACCCAGUCCUCCAGCCUCACCCAACACCGGCUCAUCCACAGCGGGGAGAAGCCACACCAGUGCUUAGAGUGUGGGAAGAGCUUCAGACAGCUCUCCAGCCUGGCCCAGCACCAGACUAAUCACAUGCGAGAGAAGCCAUAUCAGUGCUUGGAGUGUGGGAAGAGCUUCACCCAGUCCUCCAACCUGACCCAGCACCGCCUCAUCCACACAGGAGGGAAGCCGCAUCAGUGCUCGCAGUGUGGGAAGAGCUUCACCCGAUCUUCCAGCCUGACCCGACACUGGCUCAUCCACACAGGGGAGAAGCCACAUCAGUGCUCACAGUGUGGGAAGAGCUUCAGCCGAUUUUCCAGCCUGACCCGACACCGGCUCAUCCACACACUGGAGAAGCCACAU